AUGUGUCAUCUUUCGGUUGGGAUAGAACACAAGGCUUAUUGGGCAGUCAGAGAAAUGAACAUGAAGCCUUCGGCCCGUGAAGAGGAAAGGAAGCUGCAACUGCAAGAACUGGAGGAGUUGAGACUCGAAUCUUAUGAUGCUGCAAUGUGGUACAAGGAAAAAAUCAAGUUGUGGCACGAUAAAAAUCUCCGGACGAAGGAACUGCAGGUUGGGCAGAAAGUACUCCUUUUCCAGUCUAGGCUGAAGCUUAUACCCGGGAAACUGAAGUCUAAGUGGACAGGACCUUACACAAUUGUGAGCCUCAUAGACAAUGGAGCCGUGGAAAUUCAGGGAUGUACACCUAACUCUAUCUCUUUUCUUGUUAAUGGUCAUAGAGUCAACAGGUUUAGGGAUAGCUCGGAGCUGUGUGUGGUGGAAGAAGUUCCACUGCGCAUGUUCCCCACUAUCGCCUAG